CACGAAGCCUCUGAGAUGAAAUAACUUUUUUAGACGGUUCCUGCUAAAUUAACAAGCAUCUGUUUGCGGAUUGAAACAUCUCCAAUCAAUCGAAUGAUAGCAGGGGUGUCUCUGAAAUGGGCCCGGUACCCUUAACGCUCCUGCUUUCCAUCUCAGCACUGGCUGUGUUGGGGUCCACCACAGUGGACGAUCCCACAGGUGACUACACCUGGCCACAGAGAAAAAUACCACUGGUACAAGAGAAGCAAACCGUGCACCUAGAAAGUUCAGAGUUUCUGGCCAAGCCUCAAAAUGAUCUUCACGGAAUAUGUGGCAUCGAGUGCCAGCAGCGUCUCCCGGAGCCCAGUCUGGAUGAUCUGGAGCAGCUACUGUCCUAUGAGACCAUGUAUGACAACGGGACACGCACACUCACGACUGUCACCGUACAAGACCUAAAUGUGAGCAACGACUGGACAGGAGCUUCUCAGUUGCACACUCGGCACAGACGGGAGGUCUACGGCACAGAUACACGAUUUACCAUCACCGACAAGCAGUACUCCAUGAAGUAUCCCUUCUCCACUUCUGUGAAGAUCUCCACGGGAUGUUCUGGGGUGCUGGUGUCUCCCAAACAUGUCCUGACAGCAGCUCAUUGCAUUCACAAUGGUACGGACUACCUGGAUGGGGUACAGAAACUCAGCGUUGGUGUGUUGAAAGAGCGCUCACGGCGUAAGAAUGGACGGAAAGGGAAGGGACGGAAAGGAAAAGGCCAGAGAAAGCACGAGGAAGAGGAAGUUGAUGAAAAUGGAGAGAUUGUAGAGAAGCAGCAAGAGCGUAAGAGCAAAGGUAAAGGCAGGAGGAAUCGGAGCCGUCGUAGUACUGACUCAGAACAGCCCUCAUUCCGAUGGACAAGGGUGAAACAGAUGCAGGUGCCGAAGGGAUGGUUUAAAGGCAUCUCUGAAAAUGUUUUAGCUGAUUAUGAUUACGCCGUCCUGGAGCUUAAGAGAGCACAGAAGACUAAAUUCAUGGAUCUUGGAGUCAUUCCCUCUGUCAAGAAGUUGCCUGCUGGUAGAAUCCACUUCUCUGGUUUUGAUGAUGACCGACCAGGCAACUUGGUGUACCGUUUCUGCUCUGUGUCUGAGGAGUCCAACGACCUGCUGUACCAGUAUUGUGAUGCCAAGCCUGGCUCCAGUGGCUCGGGUGUCUACAUUCGCCUCAAAGAACCAGGCAAGAAGAAGUGGAAGCGUAAGAUCAUUGGGGUGUUCUCAGGUCACCAGUGGGUGGAUGUUAACGGGGGGCAGCAGGAUUACAACGUGGCUGUCCGAAUCACUCCUCUAAAGUACGCACAGAUCUGCCGGUGGGUCCAUGGAGACUCCAGCCAGUGUCGGGACACCUGAGAGACUCUGUCCCAGCUCCCACCAACACUUGUGCCUCCCAUCCGUGCCCUACACAAACUGCUGCAUUCAACAACACUAGGAACUAAAACAUUCCUACCAUUGAACUUUUCCAAGCUAUUUUGAUACCUUAAUUUAUUUUAUUAGACAACUUUUGUUAGGAAUCAGAUAGAGAGAAUGUAUUUCUAGAUUCUGCUGUCCUAAACGAGAACUAAUUCUGUCCUAAUCUGUCGUUUUGAAUUAGAAAAUGUACUUCGGUCAGUGUUGUUUGCUAUGGGAGGCAGUUGUUUUGUCUGGAUAUCUUGUAGUAGAGAGCUAAAUCUGAUGACCAGUUGACACAAGAAAAGCAAACACCUUUUUUUCUUAGAGAAGUUUUCAUUUUUAUUUUUGGAUUGUUUUCUUUUCUUUUUGAUUUGAAGAAGCAGUAUCAAAGUACUGGUGUUCUUUGAAAUGGUUUUAUCUUGUUAUCAUUAUUAUAAAUGUUAUGAUCGUGUGCCUUUGAUAGUAUAUAAGCUGUCUUAAUGGGCUUAUACAGUUGGUUCUGCCUUUAGUAUCACAAUGCAGGCAGUUAGAGGUUUAACCUCCUGAUUUAAUGUCCUUGUUGACGUUUGGUGCUAAUUUAAUUUUAAGAUAUAAAACAUUUGAGGACCUGUCGGAGUAACAGCCUACUGUAGAACUGUAAGUAUGUAUUUAAUGUAAGGCUCAUAUUAUGAGUUUCAUUCUCAUGUUGUUCUUAUUUGAAAAGAAUUACACAGGGUUAUUUAAAUUUAGGUCAAUGUUAACUGUCAUUGUAAUUGCUAAAAGAGAACGCCUUGUAGCUUAAUAGGUAAUACAAAUGGAAAAUCUUAAUAUAAAAUUGAUUUUCUCAAA